UUUUCUUUCUUUUUUUUUUUUUUAAGCUUAUAAUAAUGGCUUUUCUUUCUGGAUUUGUAAAGAGCGGAUUAUCUUUAUUGGGCAAAGAUAACUCAGGAUUUGGAUACGCCAUUGGAGACAAGGUUGAGUUUUAUUCAAAUCAGUCUAUUUGGAAUCUUCAUCAAGGUACAAAGAAGGAAGAUGGUUCUGAGGUUUCGAUAUUCGUAUUUGAUUGUAUAAAGAAUAAGGAUCGAGUACUAUUAGCCAGAAAUGCCUUUAAACGAAUAAGAACCAUGAGGCACCCAGAUAUGCUACGUUAUUUGGAUGGCAUAGAGACGGAACAAAGUAUCAUGUUUGUCACUGAUCCUGUUGAACCAUUAUCAAACCAACUUGGCCAAGACCCAGAUAAGAAUCUGAUUAUGUGGGGGCUCUAUAAAGUGGCAAAUGCUAUCAAGUUCAUCAAUGACGAUUGUGAUAUGGUUCAUGGCAAUGUCAGAGUGUCUUCAAUAUUUACAAAUAAAGCAGGCGAGUGGAAACUAGGUGGAUUUGAACUACUUUGCUCAAUGAAGGAGGAGAGUCCAAUGAUUUUGACGUUUGGUGGGUUAGUUCCAGAUGCUCAGAGAUAUGCAACACCCGAAGUGAAAAAAUCAGGCUGGACAGUCAUAAAAGACUUACCAACAGGAGCCAUUGAUUCAUACCAUUUAGGCUGCCUUAUAUAUGAAGCAUACAAUCAUCGAUUUGAAACAACAGAUUCAUUAUUAAACCAAAAGGGCAAUCUACCGCCAAGCAUUCAGCGAGCUUAUACACAUCUCCUGAAUCCAAAUUACAAGUCAAGAGCCACUGCAGACAUGUUUUUAGACGAUGGCCUAAGUGCAAAAGGAUUCUUUUCAAAUGAUUUUGUAAAAGUAAACCUGUUUUUGGAAAAUAUCAGCAUCAAAGAACAGAGCGAAAAGGAAGGGUUCUUUAAAAAGUUGGAUGCUUACAUUGAUUCAUUUCCAAGCCAGUUUUGUAAGUAUAAAAUACUACCUGAACUCAUGAAAGCGUUUGAAUUUGGGUCUGGUGGCGCCAAAGCGCUAGGCGCGAUUGUGAAAGUGGGGGAUUACCUGUCAGAUGAAGAAUAUGAAUCGAUUAUUAUCGAUCCCAUCAUCAGAAUGUUUGCUUCACCAGAUCGAGCGAUACGUAUUAGCUUAUUAGAGAAUAUGCCAAAGUUUAUAGAACAUAUGAACAAUAAAAUGGUGACAAAUCAAGUUUUUCCAAACAUUGCUACUGGAUUUACAGAUGUUGUUCCAAUUAUCCGUGAACAGACCAUUAAGUCAGUCUUGCUUCUUGUGCCGAAAUUAAACGAACGUAUAAUCAAUUAUGACCUUUUAAAAUAUCUUGCAAAACUUCAGAUGGAUCCUGAACCAGGAAUUAGAACAAAUACCACCAUUUGCCUUGGAAAAAUAGCAAGAUAUCUAAGCGAAAGUACAAGAAAGAAAGUGCUGAUAUCAGCAUUUACCAGAAGUCUAAGAGACAGCUUUUUUCAUGCAAGAGUGGCAGCUUUAAUGGCUCUUAAUGCAACUGUCGAAUUUUAUGACGCCCAGGAAUGCGCGACAAAGGUAUUACCCGCCGUAUCAGCCGCUUUGAUUGAUAAAGAAAAGCCUGUUCGUGAUCAAGCAUUUAAGGCACUAAAUACCUUUGUAAAGAAAGUUCAGGAAUUUGCUGACAAUAUGCCUGAAACAGCAAUUGAGCCUGCUACUGCAUCACCCAACUCAGAAGAAGCAAAAGCUCAAGCGACCAGUAUGACAGGUGUCUUGGGUGGCGCAACAAAGGGAUUGGCUGGUUGGGCUGUGUCUUCUAUUCAGUCAAGAUUUUCUACGCCAAGUGGUGAAAUCGGAAACCCAGUCAACACUGUUGAUGCGAGCACUCCAACGGCAAGCCAUCAGAAUGUAGCAACGCCUCCACUUCAAAAGAGCGCAUCGAUUAGAUUCGAUAUUCAAAGCAUAGAACCUGAUGUGACUGAAGAGACGAAUGCAUGGGAUGACGAGGAUACUAUUCCAUUCGAUACCAAUUCGGAAGCAACGAAUGGCACUUCGGAUUUUGCUAGUCCAGUCACUCAAGCAGAAGCUACCUCACCUUUAUCAAAUGACUAUACCGCAACCUCUCCUGUAUCAACUUUUGGUGUAAGCAAAGCAGCUCAAGGAUCCAUGAAGCUAGGUCAUAGUAAACCCAACAAGAUAGAUGAUGGUGGGCUUGAUUCCAUGAUUUCAGCCUUGAAGGAUACUAAAGAUGAACGAAAGACCGAACUGGAACGCAAAAGAGAAGAAAGAAGACAGCGUAUGGCUGAAUUAAGAGAGAAGAAAAAAGGCGGCAUUGGAGCAAAAAGGGUUCAAGGCAUAGGAUUAUAAAUAACAAUAAACAACACAUAAUUUGCUCUCAUAGCAUACUUUCUGCAAACCAAGGCACAGAUCUUUCUUGAUUACUAUAUUUGGAAUGUAUUUUAACAUCCCGAAAAGGAAAACCCAAAAUAACCUC